UCCAAAUCAAACAUGUACAACAUACUUGUAUUACUUGUUUUCGUGUCUGUAACCAACGCCCGCGAUAUUACAGUGGGCUCUGAUGCUGGUAAGAAAAUAUUCGACGAAAACUUUCAAGCUAGUCCAGCUAUAUGGAGACAAGUCCAAAAUGUAACAAUUAAUACAACCGACGACGAAGUGAUAAGUAAAAUUAUCGUGAAAGAUCUUAGAGCAGAAAAGGACGGAGAUGUGAACAUUGUCGAUGGAGGAGAAGGACAAGAAAAGGUGACUUUAGAACUCAAAAGCCCAACAGCAUUAAGAGGAUACGACUUUCGUAUAGAAGCCUACGCAGUACCAAAGUCACAAGAAAAAGUUAAGGACGAAGACAAAUUACAAGAUGAUUUAACUCACCCCAGACAAGUAGGAAUUGCAAAAAAUCCGCCAGAAACUUCCCAGAGUACGGAACUUAACUUUGCUGACCCACGAAUCAAUCAUGAUGACCGCACCACAAUUAUUCCAGAAUCAAAUGAGAAAAGGCUACCUUUAAUAAUAUCUGCAGAUACCAAUGACAAUAACAAUGAAAGAAAAAUUCGCGACACGACUCAUGAUACAAAUAAACAAGAUGGAGAUAGUCUAAAAUCAAAGCACCCAUCUCUUGCAGGAGUUGAAAUAAAGAAAACAGAAAUACCGGUAAAUAAAUACGGAGAAAAUAAAAGUGAAGGUUCCAAUAAUCCGAAGCCUGGAGAUGCAGAAACUAACAAUGGAGACAUGUUGCCCAUGGAUAAAGAUUUAAAAGAGAAUAACGGAGAAACAAGACAUACACGUGCCUUUGAUGAUGAGACCAAUAAAAAAGUAACAUCCAAAAUAGAUAAAACAAACGAGAACCGCAGAAUUGGAAACGACGAAGGAACGCCUAAAUUUACCAAAGAAUCAAAUUUUUCACCAUUAAACAAAAAUAGCGCGUCCUUAAGCUUUCCUCCGCCAACACCUACAGGUAAUGAUAGAAAUGCAAGAGAAACUAAUAAAAAUACUAAAUCUGAAGUAAGUGUGACACCACUUUCUAAUAACUACCCUACACAUUUUUCAUCGCAAACUGACAGCAAAAACGUACCAUCAACUUUCAAUCAGGAUACUCCAUCAAUAGAUAGCUUAAAAACAAAUGCACCAGAUGUGAAAAGUAUUACUAAUAAUCCUGAUAUAAAAGAUAAAGACGAAAAGCUUGCUCCUACCAUUAUUACUGGAAAAAAUGUCAAACCUGAGUCUACUAUAACAAAUGAUAAAGAAAGAAUUGUUCGAGAUACACAUAAUGAAGAUAAGAUCGAAAAUUACAAUUUACCAAAAUCAUUAGGCUCAUCAAACAUUACCAAUGAUCAAAAUAAUGAAAAGUCAGGAUAUUCGCCCACUUCACUCAAAGAAUCGAUUAUUCCUGCGGUAUCACUCAAUGGGCAAAAUAAAAAUAACCCUGUAUCAGACAAACCUGCAGUAGAACAUAAGGACGAAAAACAAAUUCCAGCAGUAACAUCCAGGGGAAGUAACAAACCUGAUUCUACUAUGACAAAUGAUAAAGAAAGAACUGCACGAGAUACAAAUAAUGCUGAUAAAAAUGAGAAUCAUAACAUACAUAAAGCACUAAACUCAAACGAUAAUAAUGAACGGUCUGGAAAUUUACCUAAAAUGCUAAAAAAUAUAAACAUCCCUACGCUAUUACUUAACGAGGAUAAUAAGAGUAAUCCAGUAUCUACUAGCCCACCGAAUAAUCCAUUAGUAGAAAACAAGGGAACAUCACCGCAACCAGUAACAUCACAAAACACAAAUCCUUCUGAAGCCAAUGACUACUUGCACACUUUAAAUCCAGUACAUCAAGAACAUCCAGUGCCUUAUCCUUAUGAUGCAUCAUCGACGACUCCCAAAGUUGAUCAUAAAAGAGAUACAUCAUCUGAUAAAGUUGAUACAGUAAAGGAUUCUUCCCGAAAAUCACCACGGCUUGCUAGUACCACUGAAAAUAUCGAGCUUUCUACAGUAAAAGUAAAUAUUCCUAGGAUAAGUGGACAAGCUGUGCCCUAUUCAUAUACAACACCGAAAUCGGAGCAUAAACGAGAUACAGUAUCGACAGAAAAGAGCGCAGAAAAAAAUGAAGAUGCUCGUAGUGAAGAAAAUUUGAAAAUCCCCCCUAAAAUUUUUGGUAAUGGAAACGCAAAGCCUGUGAUAUCUAUUCAGUAAGUUAUUAAUUAUUGAAAAAGUUUACCAAGUGUACAUUUGGUGAACUUUGCAUUAAAAUUAAUAUUUUUAUUUAAUAUUUAAUUGUUAGUUAUUUUUAAUAAUAAUUACAUAAAAAUUGUCAGUGAAAUGAAAUAAAUGUUAAUUAAAAAGUAACA